CAGCAGUCACUCCGUGGUAGUUUCUAAAUGGAGCUUUCGUGUUUUCUUCCCAUUGGAUCACGGUAUCAAGAGCUGCCGUGCAUCUGGUUCCUGCCGCUGUGACAGGGACAGAGCGUGAAGACAUUAAGGAGGAGAGGACAGGAGAGGAGGGACUGAACCUGAGUGACGUGCGAGGGAGCUCUUGGUCCUGCACACACUUCACACGCAGACCGGGAACAAUUUCAUCGAGACAUGGGGUGUAGGCUGCCUAAGCUGCGGAAGGCAGAGGAGAAGCGAAGCCCGGGAAACAUCUACUCCACUCUCCGACGGCCUCAGGUGGAGACUAAAGUGGGUGUGUCGUACACCUACCAUUUCCUGGAUUUCCUGUUGGGGAAAGAAGAGGUGCCGGUGUCAUCGGUGCUGUGCCUGUCUUCGGUCAGAGAACUGCCGGUUCAGGUCAGGGAGCUCUACGCGCAGGGGUUCGUCCUGGUCGCGGUGCACCCGUUCGUCCACCCCUGCGGCCCUCGCCACGCGCACAUCCAGCGCCAGCUCCACCGGGCGGUGCUGGUCCGAGAGACGCCGAGUUCAGAGAAAAGCCAGCUGAGGUGGGCCCGACACCGACUGGACACAGAUGUGUGUGUGGCGGGUCACCAGGCCGCCGACCCCGAAGUGAUCCAGAGCUACGUCAAGAGGAUCCAGGAUGUAGCGGAGCAAGGGAUGAUGUUUGUGGGCUUUCUUCAGCAGCCAGGGGGCGCACCCUGCUUUCUGGGGCAGUGGGACCCGGAGGAGCUGUCGUCCUUGCACUCGAGCCCUUCGCCCAUCCAUCGCAACCCCUUCAGCGCCAGCACCAGCCCCACAGAUCUAACAGAACCCCUUCAAAGCGGCGCAGAACCCGACGAUCUCCCUUUUGAACCUCGAGAGUCAGAUCAUGAAAUGGUAGAAGGUAACACGCAGCCUUUGGUGCCCAGAGAACUGGACUUCAGCUCCCUGAGUCCCACCCCGAGUUCAGAGCUCAGCGCAGGGGAGCCAAACGAACGGAUUCAGACCUCACAGAUCAUUUUGAAAGAGUCGCUGGAAUCAACAAACCAACCUCAACAUCACAGUAGGCCUGGCGUGGACACGGAUCAGUGGUGUCCAAGUCCGAACCCAGUAGACACCCGAGGGAGCCGGCUGCGUCCCGGAGAGCAGCAGCGUGGCGUACCAGAGCACAGAGAGUCCACAGAGAAACACUUUCACCUUCCCGACCAGGGAGAAACACGGGGUUCAAGCCCAGACGGCUGGCUCAGCUCUCCAGAACUGGAGCGCAGCCAUGAAAGAAAGUCCGGCUCCUUCUGUGCGGAUGCACAAGGCCGAGAAACAACACACAACAACAACCAUAUUGGUCUCAAGAGUUCAGAGAAAGAUAAGAACACGACUUCAGCACAGGCUCGGAUGCAGCUCUUUGCCCUCUACAACCACACAGGAGAGCUGAACACGUCCCCGAGGUUCUACUCGCUGAGGGUGCCGCUCCAGCUCCAGAAGGAGGCGGGGCUAGUCACAGAAGUCGAUGCGCACUGGCUCGACCACAUGACGCAGCACUUCACCAGCGGCGCGCGCCUCGUCGACGGGUUUUUCCAGCUCGGAGAUGAUAACGAAUCCGGCGUUUCAUCUGUGGACAGUGUCUUCAUCCUGCAGAGCUCUGCGGAGGACACCACAAGCACCUCCUAUGACGCCAUCGUGGUGGAGCAGUGGACCGUUGUUGAUGGUGUGGUGGUCAAGACGGACUACAUCCCAUUGCUCCAGUCUCUGGCUCCGUAUGGAUGGAGGCUCAUGUGUGUGUUACCCACACCCAUUGUCAAGACCAACAGUGACGGGAGUUUGUCGACCAAGCAGAUCCUCUUCCUUCAGAGACCCGUUCUGCAACGCAAGAGAAAAGACUUCAAGAUGCUGAACCUCAGGGGUCGCAGCAAGGCAAAGAGAAACUCUGCCGGAGAGGACGAGAGAGAGAUCAGGUCCCUAAUGAUGGAUGUGGAGAUGGACAGGUUGAGAAGAAACACAAACGAGGAGGAAGCGGAGGCGAGGAGGCGCUGGGACGGCGGAAGGAGCGAUCGGGCGAGCCACCGGGAGCACGGAGAUGAGUGGGAGGAGGAGGAGGAGGAGGAGGAGGAUGAAGGACAUCAGAGGGGCUCCGUGUUCCUAUCGGGGAGCAGGUUUUCUGUUGAGGACCAGGAGGAGGAAACUGACAUUGAUUUGAUCCCUCUGUCCAAGCAGGAGAAGUGUGUGAGAUGGACAGAAGUGUGUCAGAGAGAUGACGGAGGGGUCAGGGAGGAGGUGAAGACGGAGGAGCGCAUCAAACAGCAGCUGUUUUCCGGAGUUUGUUGAAACAUUGGGCACAAAAAGAGAAGGAAACCCGCUUAGUUUUAAGUCUGUUAAAGGAGUGUUUCGAUGAGCUGGAUUCUAGUUCCUCUGUGGACAUUGAUAUCCUGUAUUUAUAUCACGCACUGUUAUUUCAACCUGCUCUGUUUAGGGUGAGGCUUUCAGGUUGUAGCUCCCAUCAACGGGGAACGUGUUGUGCAGUUUCUCUGCUUUGGGUCAGUGUUGCUGUUUGAUGUGUUUGAGAUGAAAUGAAACUGAACAGGACGACACAGACACAGUCUCCAGUUUGAAGCCUUAAGUAUUAUUUUCUUGCCCAUUGUUGUAUUUUACCGCUUUCUUGUAAUAGGGCUGUUAGAAGGGGAGUAUUGAUUUGUCUGGGCUGUUUGUAUUUUUAUAUGUUAACUUUAAAGAUUAAGAUAGAAAAGGUAUCGCAAAAUGUGAAGUAAACCACUUUGGAGCUCAUCUGAUAAAUCUGCAUCACGUUAUGUGUUGGCCAAUAAACCACUGUUUUAGUUCAGAUGAGCCAAAUAUGUUCAAGGUUAUUUAUUAUGAGUUGAGGUGGGUUUGUUUUCAAAAUGUUUGGGAAUAGCAAAACUGUAUUAGUCAACCAAUAAUUUGUUAAGAUUUUAUAAAAGUGUUUUAUUCGUCUUGGCCAAAAGAUACGAUAUAUUCAAUAAUAGAUUCUCUACACUGCAGUGCUACGUUCUAUUGGGUAGCUAAAUGUUAAAGGGUGAGUUCAUAUAAAAAAUAUUUGUCAUUGGAGCUGGGGUAAAAGUAGCUGUCCGAAUAGUUUUAAAUUUUUUGCCAAACUCUAGAGAUGAUCAGUUUCUCCACCACAAUAUGAGGGAGGUGAAUUUGAGGUGGGGAUUUUUAUCUAGAAUUACUGCGCUGUGGUUGUUUAAAGCAUGCGUUCCCCCCCCACAAACUCAUGAGAUCAGCCUGAGCUUUGACUACUGAUGUCUAAUCAGUCUAGACUUUAGAUGUCACCGUGCAUUUGAGCAACCAAAGCUAAUCACUUCAUCUGCGGGUCUUAGUGAACACAGCUGCCAAAUUUGAAAAGGAUUCUCAAGAGGCAUUCUCAAGAGAGCGCAUUGACAGUGACCUUGAGCUUUGACCUCCAAUUUCUCCUCAGGUCAUGCUUGAGUCGAGGUAAAUGCCAGAUGUAAUUGAAUUCCCUAUGGAUGUUCCAGAUAUAUCAUGUUUACAAGAACAUAAGGUCAGUGUGACCUUGACCUUUCACCAACAAAAUCGAAUCCGUUUUUUUUUUAGCUCAAGUGAACAUUUGUAUCACAUUUGGAUAAAUUCCCUCGAUGUGUUGUUGAGACAUUGUUUUCACAAGAAUGGGACUAACAGAGGGACAACCUGAUAACAAAAUGCCUCGGGUCUGGCAUUGGCUGGUGCGGGGGCUUAAAAUAAAUAAAUCAUUAAUAAAUAUCAUCUUUUACCUGUUGAUCUGGAUCAACCCCCUCAUAAACUUCACACCUUCUUUAGAAACCCAAUCAGUUUAACAUUAAUUCAGUUUUAAAGAGCUGUG